AUGCAAUCACAGAGAUCAUCGACCACUUCUCGUACGACAUCACCUCGUACAACAUCCAUAUCACGAAAACAUUCCACCACCACCAAACAAUCAUCGACCACGAAAAAGUAUUCGCGUAAAUUUAUCGAUGAAUUUGAAUUAAAUUAUGUAAAUGAGGAUCAUAUAGAGGCAUUCGCAAAGGCGUUAUCGGAGGAUCCCGAACAAGACUCAACAGAGCAUAUUGCCGCCGUAACGGAUUUCAUGCCGAUUAGACAAAAAAUUAAAAAGAAGAAACCUAAAGUACCAAACGGAUUCGAUGGUAUCUCUUAUCACAUCGUUAGAUUUCCUUUAAUGACAAAUCGUAAACCUAUGGGAAUACUUUGUUCAAUGGUAAGGAGGGGAGAGAGGUAUCGACUAAGAGAGAAAUUACGGAAUUCCUCCACGUAUAAAGAAUGGAAAGAAGCAGCACAACAACUUGAUUCAUAUUUUCAUUAUGAUGAAUGGAAGGAUGAGGUUCCAUUCGGUUAUUAUGAUUUCAAUAUAUUACAAAAAGUCAACAGAGACUUAAAAAAAUUAAGAGAGGAAUCGUCAUCGUCAAAAAAUGAUUCUCAAACAACAUUAAAAAGCGUUUUACAGAAUUGUGUAAAGAAUAAUUAUGCUGGUGUUGAAAACGUAAGUUUAUACUCUCAAACUUAUUUUGGAACAAAAAAGAUUGUUGAAAAUUAUGUUGAAGAAGUGACGGAAUCUCUUGAUUAUUUACGAACGACAAAAUCGUUACCGUUGGAAGAGAAACGCAGAUUAUUUAAAAACGCGCAAAAAAAUUAUGGAAGAACGGCAUUGUGUUUAAGCGGGGGAGCAUGUUUUGGGUAUUAUCAUUUAGGGGUAGUGAAGGCAUUAUUUGAAGCGAAUUUAUUACCAACGGUUAUAACAGGAACAAGCGCGGGAGGUUUAAUAGCCGCUCUUAUAUGUGUACGUACUGAUGAUGAAUUGGCUCAAGUGCUUAAACCAGACUUGAGUAGACAACUUACCGCGUGUUCCGAGCCAUUAUUCGUUUGGUUAAAACGUUUAUAUACAAUUGGUGCAAGAUUUGAUGCGGUAGAUUGGGCACGGAAAACUCAAUGGAUCACAAAAGGAAGUUUAACUUUUAAAGAAGCUUACGAUAGAACUGGUAGAAUACUUAAUAUCUCCGUUAUACCUUAUGAUCCACAUUCACCUCCUAAACUAUUAAAUUACAUCACCGCUCCCGACUGUGUCAUUUGGUCCGCAGUCAUUGCCAGUGCGGCGGUUCCAGGAAUCUUGAAUCCCGUGGUAUUGAUGCAGAAAUUAAAGGAUGGAACCAUUGUACCAUAUAAUUAUGGACAUAAAUGGAAAGAUGGAUCACUUCGUACAGAUAUACCGGUUCAAUCAUUACACAUGCACUUUAACGUCAAAAAUACAAUAGUAUCACAGGUUAAUCCUCACGUUCAUUUGUUUUUUUACGCACCGAGAGGUUCCGUUGGUAGACCGGUUAGUCAUAGAUAUGGUAGAGGAUGGAGAGGUGGAUUUUUAUUAUCAAGCAUUGAACAAUACCUUAAAUUAGAUUUAAGCAAAUGGUUAAAAUGGGUGAGAGAUUUAGAAUUGUUACCAAAGGUCGCCGAUCAAGAUUGGAGUUCGAUUUGGUUACAGAGAUUUGAUGGUAAUAUAACCAUAUGGCCAAAAUCAAGGAUAUCCGAUUUCUUUUAUAUCCUUACCGACCCUGAUUAUGAAAGGUUGGAUGUGAUGAUCACAACUGGUCAACGAGUUACUUGGCCCAAACUUCAGAUGAUUUCAAAUAGAAUAAAAAUUGAGAGGGCGAUAAAAAGGGGGCGAGAACAUGUUAAAAGAGAAGAGAGAAAGAAGUAUAGAUAUCAUAGAAGUGAAGAAAUAAAUGAUGGUCACAUUGGACAUAGUAGGACCAUGUCUUCUCCUUCAAUAGUUCAAUCCCUCAGUAAUAUCAAUUUCAACAUAAUUAAUUCGAGUAGCGGAAGCGAUAGUGACGAUUACGAUCAUUUCAGUCAUUUCAGUAGUGGUCAAGAUGAAUCGGAUGAAAUCUCAAUGUCCAACGUUGGAAAUGGCAGUGAUAGUGUCUCUGCUGAUAGUGAUAGUAGUAAUGGUGAAAAUUUUAGUAGAAUAAAUGAUGUCAUCAUUGAUGAUGAUGAUCUUAGUUCCCUAAAGUAUGAUAUGAUCAUAAGUCAAUCUUCUUCAUCUGAUUAUGAUGAAGGUCUUGUCACUCCCGAUGAUGGUCAAGGGUUAACCUUUUAUUGA